UAUCUUCUGUCAGUCGAGCAGCAGCGACGUACGAGCCAGGAGUGCGUUUAUGUGUGCUAUUCUAAGUCUAUAUAUAAAAAAUUCUUAUUUUACGUAUAACUUAUAAAAUAAGAGAACGGUGGUGGUGGCGGCGUCCAGCGCGCGAGCCUCUCGAGACUGACUCGUCUGCAACAUCGCAUACCGCUGUGUAGCGAUAUAAUCCAAAUAAAAAGCCGUCAGUUUUUUAUAAUUUAUAAAAAAUAUAAUAUUGAAACGGGGUGUCCAAUAGUGCGUGUCAGUGCCAUACAAGUACGCGUAAUAACGCAGAGUGUCAUUCACCCUCGAGCGCGCGCGCGCGCAUCCUUCGAGAGCAUUCAGUGCAUGAUACUCGUUACAUCUCGCGCGCUGUCAACGGGUGCAUCACAAAAAAGAAAUAAGAAAAUACCUAACCUCGAAGCAAAAACACACACACAUAUAGAGGAUAGGAGAGGCUGAUCAGCAGCACAGGAGAGGAGAGCAGCAGACGCCCCCACAAAUCUCGCUGCUGCGCCCUAUAUACACAAGCGGACCGAUGCUGCUGCUGCUGCUGCUGUAGCGACUUCGUCCAUUUUGCAGACCGUAGCCGGUGUCAUCGUGUGCAUUAACAACACAUUUUAUACAGAGAAAAGUCGAGGAGGGAAAAAAGGGGGCUGUAACGGUGGCAGCAGUAGCAGCUUCGGCGAUAUCUCUCUGAUGCGGUUCUGCUCGUCAGCCGCAUCGUCGUCGUCGCCGUCGUUGUCAUCUGCAGCUGCAGCUGCGGGGACAACCAUCGCCAGUCAGCAGCACCAUCACCACCGCCGCGCGAUCGUGUGUGUAUUAUAAUAAUAGCGUGCAGCAAGUGCAGAGGCAGAGACAGAGCAGCAGCAAGUGAAGCAGCAGCAGCAGCUUUGAGGAGCCGAAGUCAUGUCGACGGCUCUGCUGGCUCUGUUCGCCGUGAUACUGUGCAUACUCUUCAGGAUACUCAAUGUCAACAGCGCGCCCCAGAAGCCGCUGCUCAUCUGCAAGGACGAGGGCUUCCUCUCGACCGUGCUCAAGAUAGCUCCGGCCAUCACUGAACCGUACAAACCCACGAGGCUAUGGGGCUUCAGCGGUCACGUGCAGACCAUCGUGCACAGCAUCAUCGGCCGAGUGCGAUGCCCCUGGCCCAUCGGCGAGCGCGUCUACAUGGGCCUGGCCGACGAGACCACCCUCACCUACGAUCUCUAUCAGCCGUUGAGUAACACAUACGAAGAUGACGUGACAAUAGCCAUUUGUCCUGGAAUUGGAAAUAGCUCCGAGAGCGUCUACAUCAGGACGUUCGUGCAUUUUGCCCAAUGUCACGGAUAUCGAUGCGCCGUACUCAAUCACGUAGGAGCCCUGUCGAGCGUCAAAGUCACAUCACCGAGAAUCUUUACUUACGGUCACACGGACGAUUAUCACACGAUGCUGAAAAAUUUAAUGGAGAGACACCCGAGCACAAAAAUAGUCUGCGUCGGAUUCAGCCUCGGUGGAAAUUUAGUGACAAAAUACAUGGGCGAGCAAGGGGUAAACAAGGCGUCCAAUAUCAUCGGAGCUAUUUCCAUUUGCCAAGGAUACAACGCUCUUGAAGGCACAAAGUAUUUGCUUAACUGGACAAAUUUCCGCCGUUUUUACCUGUACAUCAUGACAGAGUCAGUUAGGAAUAUUAUUUUAAGGCACAAAAACGUACUGCUGUCUGAAGACGUGAAAAAGAAGCACAAUCUCAAUGAGAAAGAAAUCGUAUCGGCAGCUACUUUACCUGAACUGGAUGAAGCAUAUACACGAAAGGUGCACAAUUUUAAGUCGGUAAAGGAUUUGUACAAGUGGAGCAGUAGUCUGUUUUAUCUUCACAACAUCGCUGCGCCGGUUGUAUUUGUCAAUGCACUGGACGAUCCGAUUAUUCACGAGUCUCUUUUGGAACCAGUCAAAGACUUAGCCACUACGAAAAUGCAAGUACUGUACGUCCAGCUGGCGCAUGGCGGUCAUCUGGGCUUUUACGAAGGUGGUCUGCUUUAUCCGAAUCCCAUAACGUGGCUCGAUCGCACCCUGGUGGCAUUGGUUGGAUCGUUGACCCUCGCACACUCCGAUCGCGCCCUCAAGUCCUAUUAAAAGAAAAACCUUCUGGUCGUAUUUUUCGCUUAGUUAAAAAGAAAAAAAGGUCACGUAUUUUUUUGAUGCGUGAAUUCGUUGCAUGGAAUCCUAUUACGUGUGUAAAUGCUUCGGGUAUUCACAAGCGUGUACAAUAUUAAACGUGUAUACACUUAAUUGCGAGUAUUUUUUCGCCAAUGUGUGAUAAAAAGCUGCAGCAUAUUUAUACAUAUGCAUCGUAUAUUAUAUAUAUUUAAAAAAAAAAAUCAAUUGACGCGGGUUAGAGACUCGCUAAAAAGUCGUACUGUAUUUUUUGCCUGAGAGUAUGCUUGCGUGCGUUUAGUAUGUUUUAAAUAAAAUAAAAACAUGAUGAGUGUCGUAUUUGUUGAAUGUUUAUAUUAAUAAUAAUAGAGAUAAGAGAAACAACACUGAUCUUAUCUGUAUUAUUGUGUAAAUGUAUUUUGGGUCAUGUUAAAAUGUUGCGUCUAUUUAAUAUUUAGUUGUCGCUUUUCCAAGUGACUGAGUGAAACUUUGCUCCCCUUAGUCAUACGUAUCGUUACUUUAUUUAUAAAAUUGUGUGCGUACGAUGGUGUGGCGUUAAACAAAAAUGCAUUUUGCCGUUUAUAUAUAAUGCUAAUUUAUAUUAUAUACGUGUAAAUGAAAAAUAUAUAAAUGAAAUUGACUGUUUCGAUCUCUUCGUCAGUUCGAUAUCGAGAGAAUUUGAUUUUCUAUUGUACACGGCAGUUGUACAAUUUCGAGUCACUUGAAAUAUUUCAUAAAAAUUACUUGUAAACACACGGAAAACGCAGGUUGACGUUGAAUGUGCGUAGUAUUUUGUGCUUAGAGCAUGCAUUUUUGCUUCUACCGUCGUACAAACAAUGAUACUAUUGUAAGUUCAAAAUUUUCGUAAUUAAAGCUUAACAAUUAAUUUUAUUAAUUGAAAAUUCUUCGAAAUUAUAAUAGACUUUUGUAAAUUUGUAAUUUAAAAUUGAUUUUUUACCAAAGUUCCAUGAACUUCAACGAAUAAUAGUCGAUCGUUGUUUGUUCAUUGUGAAAUGGGAAAAUUUAUACUAGAAUUAUAUACUUAUAAUUAAAUUUAUUUAGUUAUUAAAUUUUCAAUUUGUUAAA